GAGAUUAAGGCAUGAAACAUCAUAUGGUAUUUCUAGCCUGAAAUAAAGAAUACAUAGCUUAUAAAAUUCUGUAAUUUCCAUCCAGAUUUCAGCUUUGCAUAAAAAACCAUUUGGAAUGAUUGGAAGGCAGCGUAAGACUCCUUGGAUCAAAAGCACUAUUGCAUUCUUUCUCAUUCUUCUAUCCAUUUUAGCACUAACAAUUCAAUGGAUGGACAUAUCUGUCGAUACAGGAUCCUUGCAGAAUAGUAAUAAAGUUGAUCUUUUCCCUGAAGUUUCUUGCUCGAUAAAGUGUCCACGAACAUUACCAAACAAGCCUAAAUUCAUUUCUUCAUCUGAGUCCUGCCCCAAAUACUUUCAAUGGAUUCACGAAGAUUUAAGGCCAUGGCAGGAUACGGGGAUAACACGAGAAAUGGUAGAAAGAGCUCGAGAAGUAGCCCAUUUUAGAAUAGUCAUAGUAAAUGGAAGAGUGUAUUUUGAGAAGUAUAAACCAACUUUCCAAAAAAGGGACAUAGUUACAUUAUGGGGGAUAUUGCAACUUCUUAAAUUUUACCCUGGCAUGCUACCAGAUUUAGAUUUUGUUUUCGAAUGUGGUGAUCAACCCGUAACACAAAAAAGUGAUUAUGGAAAAUCAAAGGAUUCAAUUCCACCACCAUUGUUUCACUACUGUGGAAAUGACUCGAGUUUCGACAUUGUUUUCCCUGAUUGGUCCUUUUGGGGUUGGCCAGAACUCAACAUAACUCCAUGGGAGAACUUGAGAAAAGAUUUGCAGCAAAGCAAUGAGAUGAUUAAGUGGACAGAAAGGGAGCCUUAUGCUUAUUGGAAAGGGAACACAUUAUUGGGCGAAGCACGACGUGACCUUGUGAAGUGCAAUGUCUCUAAGAAGCAGGACUGGAAUGCUCGAAUUUAUGGCUUGCAAUGGGCUCUUGAACGUAGACAAGGCUAUAAAACUUCAGAUUUAUCCAGUCAAUGCACUCACAGAUACAAGAUUUAUGUUGAAGGGCUUGCAUGGUCAGUGAGUCAAAAGUACAUUUUAGCCUGUGAUUCUGUGGCUCUACUCAUAAAUCCCCACUACUAUGAUUUCUUCACAAGGAGUUUGCUGCCAACAAUCCAUUACUGGCCAAUAAAUGAGAAUGACAAAUGCAAAUCCAUCAAGUUUGCAGUGGACUGGGGCAAUAAGAAUGCAAAAAAGGCACAAGAAAUUGGAAAAGCAGGGAGUAAAUUUGCACAUGAGGAGCUACAAAUGAAGUAUAUUUACGACUACAUGUUUCAUCUCUUGUCUGAAUAUGCCAAGCUUUUGAAGUAUCAACCCACUGUGCCUAGAGAAGCUGUUGAAGUAUGCUCCGAUACAUUGAUUUGCUCAUCAAAAGGAAUAAGAAAGAAGUUUAGGGUACAUUCUAUGGUUAAUAAUGUUUCAUCUUCAAAGCCAUGCACCAUGCCCCCUCCCCUGAGCCCAGCAGACCUCCAAGAUUUUGUCGAGAGAAAAGAGAAUCUAAGAAAGCAAGUUGAACUGUGGGAAGAAACUCAAAGUAUUUGAAACUUCCCACAUGAGGGACAUAGUAUUUGCUUAAGCUAUUUUUCUAUCAAUGUUGAACAUUUUGCCUAAAUUCAGAAGUGAGGAAAGAAGACACUUUUGAAGCACUUCAAAUCAGUUUCAUCAAGAUAUAUAUGACAGAAAAUUAUUGUUCUUUA